CGCGCGAGGGGAGGGGGACGCGCAGGCGGGAGCGCGCGGGGGGGCUGCCCCGGGGCGGCCCCCCCACGUCGGGGCGCGGCGGGCGGCGGCGGCGGGAGCGCGUCCCGUCCGGGUCCCGAGGAGCCGCCGCCGCCGCCGCUGCCGGUCGCCAACAUGGCGGACCUCGAGGCCGUGCUGGCCGAUGUCAGCUACCUGAUGGCGAUGGAGAAGAGCAAGGCGACCCCGGCCGCCCGCGCCAGCAAGAGGAUCGUCCUGCCCGAGCCCAGCAUCCGGAGCGUGAUGCAGAAGUAUCUUGAGGAGAGGAAUGAAAUCACCUUCGACAAGAUUUUCAAUCAGAAAAUUGGUUUCUUGCUAUUUAAAGAUUUUUGUUUGAAUGAAAUUAAUGAAGCUGUACCUCAGGUGAAGUUUUAUGAAGAGAUAAAAGAAUACGAAAAGCUUGAUAAUGAGGAAGAUCGCCUGAGUCGAAGUCGGCAGAUUUAUGACACCUACAUCAUGAAGGAGCUGCUGUCUUGUUCGCAUCCAUUCUCGAAGCAAGCUGUGGACCACGUGCAAUAUCUUCUGUCCAAGAAACAAGUGACGUCCGCGCUCUUCCAGCCAUACAUAGAAGAAAUCUGUGAAAGUCUUCGAGGCAACAUUUUUCAAAAAUUUAUGGAAAGUGACAAGUUCACUCGAUUUUGUCAGUGGAAAAAUGUAGAAUUAAAUAUCCAUUUGACCAUGAAUGAUUUCAGCGUACAUAGGAUCAUCGGACGAGGCGGCUUCGGAGAAGUCUAUGGCUGCCGGAAAGCAGACACUGGAAAAAUGUAUGCGAUGAAAUGCUUGGAUAAGAAGAGGAUCAAGAUGAAACAAGGAGAAACAUUAGCCUUAAAUGAAAGGAUUAUGUUGUCGCUCGUGAGUACAGGAGAUUGUCCUUUCAUUGUCUGCAUGACCUACGCCUUCCAUACUCCAGAUAAACUCUGCUUCAUCUUGGACCUGAUGAAUGGGGGCGACCUGCACUAUCACCUGUCACAGCACGGGGUGUUCUCCGAGAAGGAGAUGCGCUUCUACGCCACCGAGAUCAUCCUGGGACUGGAGCACAUGCACCAUCGCUUCGUCGUGUACAGGGACCUGAAGCCCGCAAAUAUCCUCUUGGAUGAGUACGGACACGUCAGGAUAUCAGAUCUCGGCCUGGCCUGUGAUUUCUCCAAGAAGAAGCCGCACGCGAGUGUGGGCACGCACGGGUACAUGGCCCCCGAGGUGCUGCAGAAGGGGACGGCCUACGACAGCAGUGCCGACUGGUUCUCCCUGGGCUGCAUGCUCUUCAAGCUUCUGAGAGGCCACAGCCCUUUCAGACAACACAAAACCAAAGAUAAGCACGAAAUAGACCGGAUGACCCUCACCGUGAACGUGGACCUUCCGGACGCCUUCUCCCCCGAGCUGAGGUCGCUGCUGGAGGGCUUGCUGCAGCGGGAAGUCAGCAAGCGGCUGGGCUGCCACGGAGGCGGGUCUCAGGAAGUGAAGGAACACAGCUUCUUCAGGGGCAUCGACUGGCAUCACGUCUACUUACAAAAGUACCCUCCACCCCUGAUCCCUCCCCGGGGAGAAGUGAACGCGGCCGACGCCUUCGACAUCGGCUCCUUUGACGAAGAGGACACCAGAGGCAUCAAGCUUCUGGACUGUGACCAAGAGCUCUACAAGAACUUCCCGCUGGUCAUCUCCGAGCGCUGGCAGCAGGAGGUGGUGGAGACCAUCUACGAAACAGUGAACUCGGACACGGAUAAGAUCGAGGCCAGGAAGAGGGCUAAGAACAAGCAGCUGGGACACGAAGAAGAUUACGCCAUGGGAAAGGACUGUAUUAUGCAUGGGUACAUGCUGAAACUGGGAAACCCGUUUCUGACUCAGUGGCAGCGUCGAUAUUUUUACCUCUUUCCAAACAGACUUGAAUGGAGAGGAGAGGGGGAGUCCCGGGACUCCUGGAGUAUUUAUCCAAAAAAACAUAAAAUGCAAAAUUUACUGACCAUGGAACAGAUUAUGUCUGUGGAAGAAACUCAGUUUAAAGACAAAAAAUGCAUUUUGUUGAGGAUAAAAGGAGGGAAGCAAUUUGUCUUACAAUGUGAGAGCGACCCCGAGUUUGUGCAGUGGAAGAAGGAGCUGACGGAGACGUUUACCGAGGCCCAGCGGCUGCUGCGACGCGCGCCCAAGUUCCUCAACAAGUCCCGCGCGGGCGCCGUGGAGCUCUCGAAGCCGCCCCUCUGCCACCGGAGCAGCAACGGCCUCUGACAGCCGGGAGGGACGCCGGUGACAGCCGGGACGAGGGUCCCGGGGAAGACGGUGCCUGGGGGACGUCCUCACGGGUGUUCUCGGCCCCGGACGCGGAGCCUUUCAGAGGAGGAGGAGGCCUAGAGGAUGGAUCGCUCAUCCCGGCCGCCGGGAUGCUCCUGCUCGCGGUCGUGACCAUGCUCGGCCCGGGCGGCCUCCCUCCCGUCCUGGGGGCCCCCCCGCCGGCCUCAUAUUUGUCCGCAGUCGAAACUACUGAGGAAAAGGAAGUUUUUUCUCCGCCACACACUCAUUUUGGUACCUACGAACCUAGAACUUGAGGCGAUCACUACUCACCAGUUUUUACGUCUGCUAUCAAACGUAUCUUGGACUUGCCCGGACGGAAGGUACCCGUCCACAGUGUGGGCUCACAGGUCGUCCGGGGUCGCCAUGUUUUACCCAGAAACAGUCACUGCGGAUUUUCUGCGUCGUUGCUCCGUGCGUCUGGGGAUGGGAGGCCAGCCGUGUGAUUCUUCUGUGCAUCUCAGACCCGGCUCCGUGCUGUCCUGAGGUCGAAAGCUGAAGAUGCUUUCUGGGACGGCUGUGCUUGGGCCCCUCACCGUGUGGCUGCACCCCCAGCUGCGGGUCUGCCCCCCCCCCUCCCCCCCGGGAGCGCUCGGUGCACUGGGCACGGAGGGCGCGGCCCCCGAGGACACGGGAGCCCGUGGGAACUGCAGGCGCUCAACCACUAGAGACGUUGACAGCGAUUCCGAAGGCGAGGCCGGCGCGGGGUUUUAAACUUCAGGGUAAUGACGAUCGUCAGAAAUCUUCCAGCACACGAGCCGCACUUUCACGUGUCCGGGUGCACAGGGACGUUUGGGGGCGAGUCCAUUGGGUUUCAACAGCAGGCCGUGGUAUGACGCGUCAGAGAACAUAUCAGCGAUGGAUGUGUGAAGGAAGGAAACUGUUGUACCUUUUGGUGUAAUUUAAAUGAAUUUUAUUGAAAAAAAAAUGACUUGUGUCCCAAUGGGUUCCUUGUGUAUUUGGAUCUAUGUUGUCAUUCGUGAGUGACCCCCGUGCCCUGGGCGGGUCGUCCCGUGACCGGGACGUUAGAGCGUGAAGACUCUUCGCCUGAUCCCAGCGGCGUCCUUUCCCCGUGGUUUUCCCCUGGCGAGUUCCAGGCCCUUCUCACGCCCCAAGUAAACGCUGGGUUAUAAGAACCAGUGCGUUUGCCAGCAAAGCCCUCCUCCGUGUCAUCAGACUAAAAAUAAUAACAGCAAUUUCAAAAGUCCACUUGUUGGUCCUGUUCCCAGCGCACUUUUAUUGUUCGUUUCUAAGUUAAUAACAAUAUACAAAACUUGACAUCGUAA